UGUUCAAGCCUUCUUUUCCCUCUCGACGCCUUUCUUACUGGAUAGCUGGUGGGUUUUUGCGGAGUAUUGCUUCCGACUCUUCCUCUCCUUGCUUGAUCGUUUUCUGGGGCUGUGUAGCGCGUGGGGUAGGCAAGGCUGAGUGCAGGCGGAUUAGUUUCGGUAGCUUGGCUUGUUUGCCUUGGUUUUAAGGAGGGUGGUGCCUAGGUUUGGGGAGGGUUAUGUUGGGUAUUUAACUAGUGUUGGGUUUCCGGGAUUUAUGGGUUGGAUGAAAGUAGGCAAGUUCAUACUAUUGUAACUACGAUUUACUUGGGUAACUAGAUCGAAACGGAGUAGUUGCAAAAUGGGUUUCUUUGGUCUGCUCUGUUGUUGCUGCUCCGGACGCCGGAGGAAAUAUCCAGACUCUGUUGUUAGGUACCCAUAUGUGCCGCAUGGACAGCCAGCUCUUGAUCCUAUAAUACCAACCAAAGAACCUGUUGUCGAGACAACUUCGAAAGCCAAGGAGGGAAUUACGCCUCCACCAGGUUACUCGGUAAACUCCUCAUCCAAGGUGCAAACCGUUGUCUCCUCUGCCCUAGAUCCCGAUGAUAUCAGCCCUUCUUCCUCAAACACCAAGGAACAAGAUGAAAAGAAGGACAUGGCAGCUCGGCCCAUCAAGCCAAUGCGUAAGCGCCUUGACAAGGGAGGAAGAUACUCGACAGACGAUGUGCAGCUAGGCUCAUAUACUAAGCCGACCAACGGACAAGAGCCGAAGAGUCUAUUGGAGACACCCCUACCAGCACGUUUGUACGAGAAGAAAGAAGAGACCACUACGCAACCUUUUGUUUUUGCCGCCAACAAGGGAAGCGUGCAAGCCCAGGAGAAAACCACCAUAUCUUCUUCUUCUUCUUCUUCUUCUUCUCCAACAUCCAGAACCAAGAAACCACUCCCACUCCGCCCCAAAUCCACCGUCCCAAGCACCCCCAUUUCCCCAUAUUCCCCCUCUCUCUCUUCCUCCCCCUCCUCCCCAACCACCACAACCCUCCCCUCCCGCCAAACAACCGCUCCAACAACCACCACCUUCCCGCUUCCCCCCAACCCACCGCCCUUCAACCCCGGCCUCAACUGCCCUAAAUGCUCCUCCCGAAACGACUUUCUCACCACGAAAUCCACCAACAUCAACAACGGCCGCCCUUACCGCCUCUGCACCAACCUCUCCUGCCGCUCCUGGAACGGCUUCGCCGACACCCGGGGUCUCACGCCCAGUGAACCCUGUUGGUGCAAUCCACCGCGUGCGAUGCGGUUGGUGGCGAUGAAUGCGGUGGAUGGUAGGGGGCGUAGGAAGGCGUUUUAUAGUUGUCAGUAUAAGGUGUGUGGGGCGUGGAGGGAGUGUGAGGACGGGGAGGGGGGACCGAGGUGGUUUUCGAGGGAGGAGGUUAGGGACAUGGUUGAGGGGGGCAGGAUUUGAGAGAGAGAGAGAGAGAAGGGAGUUUUCCUUUCUCUCUAUCUUUUUUCUUCUAGAGAUGGAGAGAGGGUUGAUGGUGGGAGGUUUUGGUUAUGCCGAGUUGGGGUUUUAGGGAUGGAAGAUGGAUGUGCGGGUUUUUUCUUCUUUUUGCGGUUCUUGGAUGAUUUUAUGUGUAACUAAGGAGUUUGUUUUGUUUUUGUUUAGGUUGAUUAAUGAAGUCAUGAAUUAAUUUUGGUUUUUUUUUAAAAUUCAGAUGGGACGGGUAGUUGCUGGGUUUGGAGGCGUAUCUUGGAGUUGAG